AUGGAAAACUGUAAUCUGACUUCGACGCCAAUGGAACCAGGAACAAAGUUGUCGAAAUUUGAUGGAGGAGAACGUGUUGAAGCAGGAAAAUAUCGAAGUAUGGUAGAAAGUCUUCGCUAUCUCACAUGUACAAGACCAUAUAUCUCAUUAAGUGUAGGCAUUGUAAGUCGAUUCAUGGAGGAGCCAGUUUACACACAUUGGAAAGCAUUGAAGCGAAUUCUGAGGUACAUCCAAGGAACAAUGUCACUUGGGAUGUUCUACUCGAAUUCAGACAAAUAUAAGUUGGUUGAUUACUCUGAGAGUGUUUGGUGCAGAGACAUAGACGAUCGAAAAAGCACUUCUGGAUAUGUGUUUUUCAUGGGAAAUACUGCAUUUACUUGGCUUUCUAAAAAGCAGCCGAUAGUAACACUUUCAACAUGUGAAGCAGAAUAUGUAGCAGAUCCUGGUGCGUUUGUCAUGCAAUAUGGCUUAGAAGAUUGA